AUGCCCGUAGCAACUACUCACGAAGGGCAGCACCGGCCGGCACAUGCCGUUCCAACAUUGGUUGGCCAAUUGCCAGAUUUCGAGAAGAGCCCUGAUCUAUAUGGGUGGCCACGUCAGAACGCGCAAGGUUACAGAAUACAAGAACAGCUCGUCGGUUCGUCGAAGCCUAUCAGGGUGAUCCAUGUUGGAGCUGGCAUCUCGGGGAUUUGUCUGGCCAAGUUCUUGCCUGAGCGCCUCAUCAACGCCACUCUCACCUGCUACGACAGGAAUCCCGAUAUUGGAGGAACAUGGCUAGAAAACAGAUAUCCAGGAUGCGCGUGUGAUAUCCCUUCUGUGAACUAUCAGUACACCUGGGCGAGAAAUCCAGAUUGGUCGAGAUUUUACUCCUACGCCCCCGAAAUCUGGCAGUACCUUCGAGAUGUUUGCGAGCGGUUCGAUCUCUUGAAAUAUAUGAAAUUGAAUCACGAAGUCAAGUCUGCGGACUGGGAUGACGAGUCUGCAACAUGGACGGUGAGGGUCGAGGACCUUUCGACAGGAGAAAUUAUCAUCGAUACGGCAGAAGUCCUGAUCAAUGGCACAGGAAUUCUCAAUGACUGGAAGUGGCCUGAGAUCGAAGGCCUACAUUCAUUUCAAGGAUCACUGAAUCAUACAGCCCGCUAUGACACUUCCCUCGACCUAAAGGGCAAGCGAGUCGCAGUGAUAGGGGUUGGGAGCAGCGGCAUACAAGUUACGGCCGAGAUUGCUGCACAGGUCGGCCAGCUCUAUACCUGGGUCAGAUCACCAACAUGGGUCACUGCUGGCUUCGCUCAGAACUAUGCAGGCCCAAAUGGCGCCAACUUUGAAUACUCUACGGAGCAAAAGGCCAAAUUUGCCAGUGACCCAGCGUCAUAUCUGCAAUAUUGUAAAGAAAUCGAAAGUGAGCUGAACCGACGGUUCAAGUUCAUUUUGAACGGAACUCAGGAAGCCAUCGAAGCCAAAUCGUUCGCCACCAACCAGAUGAAGCAGAAGCUGGGUCACAAGCAAGAUCUCAUCGACCAACUAAUACCCACUGGCUUCAACGUCGGCUGCCGACGACCAACGCCCGGCAAUGGCUUCCUGGAGGCUCUGACACGGGACAACGUGCACACGUUCACCACGACUGGCAUCCAGAAAGUCACUCCACGCGGAUUCAUGAAUACGGACGGCCAAGAGUAUGAAGUGGAUGUGAUCAUCUGCGCCACUGGGUUCAACACCAACUGGGUGCCUCGUUUUCCGAUUGUCGCGAAUGGCAGGAAUGUCCAAGACAUGAUGAAGCAGGAGACACUUUCGUAUCUCUCCAUUGGUAUACCUGGAAUACCUAACUACUGGAUGGGAAACGGGCCGUACGGGCCUCUUGGCCAUGGCUCAUUCAUUCCCAUCGUCGAGCAUUCCCUGUCGAACAUCCUGCAGGUGAUCAAGAAGAUGCAACAAGAAAAUAUACGGUCACUUGCUCCACGCCGGGAGGUUUGCGAGGCCUUCGCCGAGCAUGCGGACUUGUUCCUUCAAAGAACAGCAUGGUCUGGGGAUUGCCCCAGCUGGUUCAAACAAGGUACCAGGGAUGGCAAGUUGACGAUAUGGCCUGGCUCGCGGCUGACCUACUUCGAAUUGCUCAGGUCACCGCGUUACGAGGACUACUCCAUUGUAUAUGAUCAGGACAAUCCAUUCUCGUUUCUCGGCAACGGAUUCAGCACCCGGGAGUUUGAUGGUAGUGAUUUGGCAUACUAUCUCGGCUCGAUUGAGGAUCCAGUUGGCCUUCUACCAAGAGCGGCAGAUGGCGGAGAGAAAUGCAAUUAGCUACUUGAAAUCCAGAACACAAGAAGACGA